GGCCCAUGUUGUCACAGGGAUGCUGGCCCAUGUUGUCCACAGGGAUGCUGGUCCAUGUUGUCACAGGGAUGCUGGCCCAUGUUGUCACAGGGAUGCUGGUCCAUGUUGUCACAGGGAUGCUGGUCCAUGUUGUCACAGGGAUGCUGGUCCAUGUUGUCACAGGGAUGCUGGUCCAUGUUGUCACAGGGAUGCUGGUCCAUGUUGUCACAGGGAUGCUGGUCCAUGUUGUCACAGGGAUGCUGGUCCAUGUUGUCACAGGGAUGCUGGUCCAUGUUGUCACAUGGAUGCUGGUCCAUGUUGUCACAGGGAUGCUGGUCCAUGUUGUCACAGGGAUGCUGGUCCAUGUUGUCACAGGGAUGCUGGUCCAUGUUGUCACAGGGAUGCUGGCCCAUGUUGUCACAGGGAUGCUGGUCCAUGUUGUCACAGGGAUGCUGGUCCAUGUUGUCCACAGGGAUGCUGGUCCAUGUUGUCACAGGGAUGCUGGUCCAUGUUGUCCACAGGGAUGCUGGCCCAUGUUGUCCACAGGGAUGCUGGUCCAUGUUGUCACAGGGAUGCUGGCCCAUGUUGUCACAGGGAUGCUGGCCCAUGUUGUCACAGGGAUGCUGGCCCAUGUUGACUCUAAUGCUUCCCACUGUUGUGUCAGGUUGGUUGGAUGUCCUUUGGGUGGUGGACCAUUCUUGAUACACACAGGAAACUGUUGAGUGUGAAAAACCCAGCACCGUUGCAGUUCUUGACUCAAACUGCUGCGCUUGGCACCUACUACCAUACCCCGUUCAAAGGCACUUAAAUCUUUUGUCUUACCCAUUCACCCUCUGAAUGACACACAUACACAAUUAAUGUCCCAAUUGUCUCAAGGCUUAAAACUAUUUAACCCGCCUCCUCCCCUUCAUCUACAUGUCUCCUCCCCUUCAUCUACAUGUCUCCUCCCCUUCAUCUACACUGAUGGAAGAGGAUUUAACAAGUGACAUCAAUAAGGGAUCAUCGUUUUCACCUGGAUUCACCUGGUCAGUCUGUGUCUAGGAAAGAGCAGGUGUUCCUAAUGUUUUGUGCACUCCGUGUAUAUUGUAAAUGCUAAGUGACAGAGUAAUUGUCCUAUACGUUUUAAAGUAGGUGUUUACAUUUGGUAUUGUUUGUAAACAUUUAAAUAAAAGCCUACUAUUUAGUUCAGUUUUUAAGUUGUAAUGGGGAUGAUCAGUAGUUCAGAGGGCAGGGUGAUCAGUAGUUCAGAGGUCAGGGUGAUCAGUAGUUCAGAGGGCAGGGUGAUCAGUAGUUCAGAAGGCAGGGUGAUCAAUAGUUCUGUGGCCAGGGUGAUCAGUAGUUCUGAGGUCAGCGUGAUCGGUAGUUCAGAGGUCAGGGUGAUCAGUAGUUCUGUGGUCAGGGUGAUCAGUAGUUCUGUUGUCAGGGUGAUCAGUAGUUCUGUGGUCAGGGUGAUCAGUAGUUCUGUGGUCAGGGUAAUCAGUAGUUCAGAGGUCAGGGUGAUCAGUAGUUCUGUGGUCAGGGUAAUCAGUAGUUCAGAGGUCAGGGUAAUCAGUAGUUCUGAGGUCAGGGUGAUCAGUAGUUCUGAGGUCAGGGUGAUCAGUCGUUCGGAGGUCAGGGUGAUCAGUCGUUCGGAGGCCAGGGUGAUCAGUCGUUCGGAGGCCAGGGUGAUCAGUAGUUUGGAGGCCAGGGUGAUCAGUAGUUUGGAGGCCAGGGUGAUCAGUAGUUUGGAGGCCAGGGUGAUCAGUAGUUUGGAGGCCAGGGUGAUCAGUAGUUUGGAGGCCAGGGUGAUCAGUAGUUCUGAGGUCAGGGUGAUCAGUAGUUCUGAGGUCAGGGUGAUCAGUCGUCCGGAGGUCAGGGUGAUCAGUCGUCCGGAGGUCAGGGUGAUCAGUAGUUCGGAGGUCAGGGUGAUCAGUAGUUCAGAGGUCAGGGUGAUCAGUAGUUCAGAGGUCAGGGUGAUCAGUAGUUCAGAGGUCAGGGUGAUCAGUAGUUCAGAGGUCAGGGUGAUCAGUAGUUCGGAGGCCAGGGUGAUCAGUAGUUCGGAGGCCAGGGUGAUCAGUAGUUCGGAGGUCAGGGUGAUCGGUAGUUCGGAGGUCAGGGUGAUCUGUGGUUCGGAGGUCAGGGUGAUCGGUGGUUCUGAGGUCAGGGUGAUCGGUGGUUCGGAGGUCAGGGUGAUCGGUGGUUCGGAGGUCAGGGUGAUCGGUGGUUCUGAGGUCAGGGUGAUCGGUUGUUCGGAGGUCAGUGUGAUCGGUGGUUCUGAGGUCAGGGUGAUCGGUGGUUCGGAGGUCAGGGUGAUCGGUGGUUCGGAGGUCAGGGUGAUCAGUAGUUCGGAGGCCAGGGUGAUCAGUAGUUCGGAGGCCAGGGUGAACAGUAGUUCGGAGGUCAGGGUGAUCAGUAGUUCGGAGGCCAGGGUGAUCAGUAGUUCGGCGGUCAGGGUGAUCGGUGGUUCGGCGGUCAGGGUGAUCGGUGGUUCGGCGGUCAUGAGACACACACACAGUAUUUGAUAUUCUCCAACAAUCAAAGGUGCAAAGAUUUUUGGCAUAUAAUGUAAACUCAAUCACGAAUUGUGGCUUUAGAAUACAAAACACAAUAUAUUACUGAACACAAAUAUAAACGCAACAUGUAAAGUGUUGGUCCCAUGUUUUACGAGCUGAAAUAAAAUAACCCAGAAUCUUUUCAAACUCACAAAAAGCUUAUUCCUCUCAAGUUUUGUGCACAAAUUUGUUGACAUCCCUGUUAGUGAGCAUUUCUCCUUUGCCAAGAUAAUCCACCCACCUGACAGGUGUGGCAUAUCAAGAAGAUGAUUAAACAGCAUGAUCAUUACACAGGUCCACCUUGUGCUGGGGACAAUAAAAGGCCACUCUGAAAUGUGCAGUUUUGUCACACAACACAAUACCACAGAUGUCUCUCUGGAUCAUUGAGCUCAUUCCACAUGUAAUCUGCCUUUCUACUCUUUUCUAACUUGCCAGAGCCUUUCUUCACGGCAGCUUGGGGAUUGUUGUGCUAAUUGACUUGGACUAUAAAGUGUUUAGGGGCCAGUUCAGAUCAGGUUGAAUUGGACUUUAAAGGGUUUAGGGGCCAGUUCAGAUCAGGUUGCCAUGUGACUGAGAGACAGCAACAACAGCAGGGCUCAGCUCUGGAGUGGAGGGUACUGUCUGUUAAUGUUACUGUCUGUUAAUGUUACUGUCUGUUGAUGUUACUGUCUGUUACAGGCAGUCACUGUUACUGUCUGUUAAUGUUACUGUCUGUUACAGGCAGUCACUGUUACCGUCUGUUGAUGUUACUGUCUGUUGAUGUUACUGUCUGUUGAUGUUACUGUCUGUUACAGGCAGUCACUGUUACCGUCUGUUAAUGUUACCGUCAGUUGAUGUUACUGUCUGUUGAUGUUACUGUCUGUUACAGGCAGUCACUGUUACCGUCUGUUGAUGUUACUGUCUGUUGAUGUUACUGUCUGUUGAUGUUACUGUCUGUUACAGGCAGUCACUGUUACUGUCUGUUAAUGUUACUGUCUGUUGAUGUUACUGUCUGUUACAGGCAGUCACUGUUACCGUCUGUUGAUGUUACUGUCUGUUGAUGUUACUGUCUGUUACAGGCAGUCACUGUUACCGUCUGUUGAUAUUACCGUCUGUUGAUGUUACUGUCUGUUACAGGCAGUCACUGUUACCGUCUGUUAAUGUUACCGUCUGUUGAUGUUACUGUCUGUUACAGGCAGUCACUGUUACCGUCUGUUGUUGUUACCGUCUGUUGAUGUUACUGUCUGUUGAAGUUACUGUCUGUUACAGGCAGUCACUGUUACUGUCUGUUGAUGUUACUGUCUGUUACAGGCAGUCACUGUUACCGUCUGUUAAUGUUACUGUCUGUUGAUAUUACUGUCUAUUACAGGCAGUCACUGUUACUGUCUGUUGAUGUUACUGUCUGUUACAGGCAGUCACUGUUACCGUCUGUUGAUGUUACUGUCUGUUACAGGCAGUCACUGUUACUGUCUGUUGUUGUCAGUGACUGUCAUUUACUCUCCAAUACUGACUGUUACAGUCCUUUAAUGUCUGUUACUGCACACGAUGACCAGCAUCCCCAUGCUACAUAAGGAAGGGAGGAGGCCAACAUUAGAGGGAACAGUCUGUACAUGUUGAAAUAAAACAUUCCAA